AUGAAAAGGAAGACAAGAAAAAAUGAGAACAAAAGUGAAGAGGCAUCAGAUAAAGAAAAACCAUAUGUGCCUCCAGCUCCAUAUAAACCACCAAUCCCAUAUCCUCAAAGACUCGUUAAGACUAAAAACGAAGGACAAUUCAAGAAAUUCGUAGAACUUCUGAAACAACUAAAUGUUACUAUACCUUUCACAGAAGCUAUUACUCAAAUGCCCUCAUAUGCCAAAUUCCUUAAAGAAAUCCUAUCCAAUAAGAAAAAGAUUGUAGAAAACAAAAUUGUUACGUUAACCGCUGAGUGUAGUGCCAUGAUUCAAAAUAAGAUGUCUCCUAAACUGAAAGACCCUGGUAGUUUCUCUAUACCAUGUGUGAUUGGAAAAUUUGUCAUAGAUAAAGACCUAUGUGAUCUAGGAUCAAGUGUUAGUUUAAUGCCUUUAUCCAUUUGCGAAAAGCUCAAAUUAGGUGAAUUAAGACCAACCAAGAUGUCUUUACAACUAGUUGACCGAUCAGUUAAGUUUCCUGUGGUAUGCUUGAAAAUGUUCCCGUCCGUAUAG